UAUAAAUACCCAAACAAAAACCCUUGUCAUAACUAUAAACCCUAUUCGAUUCUUUGCUUCUAUAAGCAUGGCUGCACCUUCAAGAAUAGAUUUUGACUAUGAUUUUGAAGUGCAAUACAAGGAACAUGUCGCCCAUCCAAACACACUCGCACUUGAAUUCUUCUUCUACGAUAUUAUUCGGACCUAUAUUUACUACCCACCUCACCAAAACAGAGAUCUUAGGCAACUCCCACGAGACCUAUAUCAAACCGGAAUAAACCUAACUGAUAUUCCCAUCGAUCAUUCAGUGGAUACUAAUCGGAAGGUGGUGACGGAGCAUGUGAUGCAAAUCUUGAAUGGUCGGAACAUUCCACAACACAUGCGGAAUAGGAUCCUGACAAGAGUCGGCCUUAAGAUUAGCGAGAUGGAUUUGAGUGCUUUGAGUUCAACAGGCAAUGCAAUUGAAGUUCAUAUUUAUGAGAUCAAAUGGGAAGGAUGGGAAUGUAACGGGGACGACCAAGAUGAAGACGAAGACGAAUACGAAGACGAAAUAAUGGCAGAGUUGGAGUCUAUGGGAGAUGUAGAUAUUCUUAAUAAUAAUAAGCGUACUGCUAAGAAAUCAUCUAUUGAAAAUUUGGAGAGAGUCGUGUUGAAUGAUAUUGAGGAUUCGUCGAAAAGCUGUGCGAUCUGUAUAAAAGAGAUCGUUGCAGGGAUCGAAGUGACUCGGAUGCCGUGUUCUCAUUUGUAUCAUAAGGAUUGCAUUGUGGAGUGGCUGGAGAAGUAUAGUCACUCUUGUCCGCUUUGCCGUUAUGAGAUGCCAGUAGAACAGUAGAGGUUUUAGGGGUUUACUUUGGUUGUUAUAUUCUGUCAUUGUAUUUUUGAUUUAUAAUUAGUAAAUGAUUAACUUUUUGAAA